AUGAAUGGACUGGUCGCGUACGGCAGCAGCGAUGAAGAAGACGAUAUUCAGCCAGAGAAGCCGGCCAAGAUAGCCAAGAUUGACCCCGGAGCAGCACCGACAGCAUCGCAAGAGGACGCAAACCAUCAGCCAGCUGCAAUCAAUACACCUACUGCCGAUAUCUCGCCAUCAGGACCAGCACCAGGACCUUCAGCGCCACCAGAUGCGUCAAAUAUAGCAGAGCACGACUCGGAGCCACCGCUGUCACCAUACACAUACGAGCGCCAACGACUCCGGGAGCUGACUAUGCCCACUGUACCGAAUUUUGACAUUCCCAAUUCACCACUGCCUCCUGCUCGCAAUAGUGAAGAAGCUGCAGCAUUGGCAGCAACGACUAAGAAGUUUGAAAAGUUCUUGGAACUGAAGAAGAAAGGGUUGCACUUCAACGAGCGUUUGCAGAACUCAAGCAGCCUGCGCAACCCAAGUCUGCUACCAAAGCUCAUGAAAUUUGCGGGCAUAAGUCAGGAGGAUAGCCAUCGAUCCUCGCUUCCAGAAGGGCUAGGAGUAGCAGUACGCUGGCCAGAAGAAUGCUAUGUCGAGACCCUCAUGAAACAGAACGAGCGAAGGGAAAAGAAACAGGCCCGGGCACCUGGGGACAAGAUCGAUUUCGUGCCUGCAAAGAGCACUGGCUCGACUCCUGGCGAUGCUCCGAGAAAGAGCAAAUUUGACAAGCGUUAA